AUGAGGAAAUGUGUUGAAUAUUCUCUUCUUCUUCUUGCCGUUUUAUUUACUCAAGGGUUACUGCAGCAGAGAAUCAUCGGCGGACAGGAGGUAGUGCCCAAUUCUAUUAAAUAUCAGGCGUCCUUACAAUUCAACGGCAAUCACUACUGCGGGGGCACCCUCAUAAGUGCCCAGUGGGUGGUGUCUGCCGCCCACUGCUGGAAGCCAAAUUAUUUGACCAAAGUAGUGCUGGGUGCACACGAUUUAACCAUGAAGGAUGGAACAGAGCAGGAGUUCAGCAUCACCAAAGCUUUCAUCUACUACAUGUACAACUAUAGAACAUUUGAUAGUGACAUCAUGCUCCUGAAAUUCGACCGUCCCGCUGAACUGAACGACUACGUGCAGCCUGCUAUGCUGGCGAGCCCGAGCGGCCUGCCGCUGUCUGCAGGUGCCACGUGCACGGUGAGCGGCUGGGGGAUCAUGCAGCUGUUCUCCUACUACCUGUCGCCUGUGCUCCGGGCUGUCGACGUGGAGGUCAUCAGCUGCCAGACGUACUACACCUACAGGACCUCCAAUAACAUGAUAUGCGCUGGCUCUCCCCUGGGGGGGAAAGACUCCUGCCAGGGUGACUCCGGGGGCCCCCUUGUGUGUAACGGUUAUUUAGAAGGUAUCGUCUCCUGGGGCAUCAGCUGUGCCAACCCCUACUACCCUGGGGUCUACACCAAAGUCCGGAACUUCAACCAGUGGAUCGGCUGGAUCAUCAGCAGCAACAGUAACUAG